AUGAAGUUUUUAAAACUUUAUAUUUUAUUAAUUUACGCUCUUGAUAACUUAGUUUAAAAAACAUUCUAGUAAAUAUAAGUUCUUUAAUCAGAUAGAGUGUUAAUAGUUAAAGAAUAAUAAGUAUGGUAAUCCACUUCAAUAAGUCCAAAUUCAUACGCUGAUUAUACAAUCGAUCUUACUGCAGGAUAAUUCAAGAGUGUGCCUAAGAUAUUGUAUGCACUGACAGUUUAUAAUGCUGAUGACGAGAACUAGCAAGGGUUUAUGAUAGGAACAAUGAAUUUAAGCCAAACGAGUUUAAAAUAUAGAUUGAGGUCUUUAGGAAGCACUUUAGCGCAAAUAGCGUUUAAUGUAUUGGCAAUUGAUGAUCCUAAUGUAGAAGUUUAGUAGAUCUAAUUAAUGUCUGGAGCUACAAGUGUCAUCACUGGAACUAAGCCUAUUUAAUAAAUCGCAGGAUUUAUUUACGGUUUCUAAGGAACCGACUCAAACAAUAUGGUUAUAAGAUACAACCUCAUCAAGGUUGAUAGCAUGAAUUACUAAAUUAAGUUCUCGAAUACAAAUAUUUAAAGUGUUUACAUGAAUUUUCUAAUUGUUUAUUAGAACACUUCAGAUAUGUUCUAGUAAUUAUAUGGAUAUUAGAUGGCAUUUGAUACAAUAGGGAGAAAUAUUGGUGGUGAUAAUACAGUUUCAUGGACUACUACCUCUAUCCUAGAUAGAUCAAAUAUAUUUUUUGGAUUAAAGGAUUUUAGUAUUUCUUCUAAUGAUUUUUAUGGUAUAAAAAUUCUUAGUGGCUAAAAUCCCGAGGCUUAAAAUAAGUAAGUUAAAUUAAAUUAUUUCACAUGGAAUGGGUAUUAUGUAAAUAUGAUUAAUGGAAUUUGGGUAGGAUUAUCUCUUGUAAAUUGUUAAACAGGCAGCACUCUUUUUGUGAAUUCAACAUAUUAUGCAUGUGUAAGCUAAUGUAAUACAGUAGAUCACCAUUACAACAAUAAUCCAUCUAAUACAUAUAAUUUAUAUAAGUCUACUAUAUCAUAUUGUUAGUAAUGUAAUUCUAACUGUUAUGGCUGUUUAAAUGGAUAACCUAAUGUAUGCACUGAUUGCUAUAAUAAUUAGUAUUUAAAUCCUACAACAAAAGCAUGUGAUGCAGUGUAACCACCAAAAACAGUAUGUCCUCUUACAACCGUAAGUGGAUAGAGUUUUUAUAACUGCUAAAGCUGUCACUCUACUUGUAUGCAAUGCAGUUCUCCUAUGAGUUCAAAUUCAUGUACUUCUUGCGAUAUAAGUUCUUCAAAUAAAUAUUUUUAUAAUAAUUCAUGCUUAACUUCUCAGCCUAGUAAAACAUACUGUGAUAGUAAUUUUAUUUGUUAAAAUUGUGAUUCUACUUGUCUAAAAUGCAGUGCUCCAAGUAAUUCGAGUGCAUGCACAUAAUGCGAUGUAACUUCUGCAAAUAAAUAUUUUUAUAAUAACCAAUGUUUCCCUUCCAAACCAAGUUCUACUUUCUGUGAUAGCAAUUUUAUUUGUCAAAAAUGUGAUUAGACCUGUGGGGAAUGCGUUUCUCCAGGAAAUGCAACCUCCUGUACAUCCUGCAAUAUAAAUUCUACCUAUAAAUAUUUUUAUAACAAUUAAUGUUUUUCAUCAAAGCCGAGUUCUACAUUUUGCGAUAGCAAUUUUAUAUGCUAAAAAUGCAAUUAAACAUGCGGUGAAUGCAUUUCUCCUGGAAAUGCAACUUCCUGUACAUCUUGUGAUAUAACUUCCUUAAAUAAAUACUUAUAUAACAACUAAUGUCUGCCAUCCAAACCAAGUUCUACAUUUUGUGAUAGCAAUUUUGUUUGUUAAAAAUGUGAUUUAACCUGUGCUGAAUGUGUUGCUCCUGGAAAUGCAACUUCCUGCACAUCCUGCAAUAUAAGUUCUUCCAACAAAUACUUUUAUAACAAUUAAUGUAUGAUAUCCAAACCAAGUUCUACUUUCUGUGAUAGUAAUUUUAUUUGUUAAAAAUGCGAUUAGACCUGUGGAGAAUGUGUUUCUCCAGGAAAUGCAACUUCAUGUACAUCCUGCGAUAUAAAUUCUACUUACAAAUACUUUUAUAAUAAUUAAUGCUUUAGCGAUGUACCUCCAGGAACUUACUGUGAUAAUAAUUUUAUUUGCUAAAAAUGUGACCCGAGUUGCAAAACAUGUUUAAAUACUGCAACUAACUGCACGAGUUGCAUAGAUGUUAAAUAUUUAGACCAUGGUACUUGCUUAUGCUUACCUGGAUAUUUUAUGGAUAACUUAGGAAACUGCAAUAGCUGUGCAAAUAAUUGCCUAUAAUGUUACAAUCCUUAAACAUGCAAUAAAUGUGUCAUAAAUUAUGUGUUAAGUAGUGAUUAUACUACUUGUAUUUGUACUAUUCCUAAUUGCUAGAAAUGUAAUAAAAGUGAUGGUUCUAUCUGUGAUACUUGCAACAAUGGAUUUACUUCACAAUACAAUAAUAAAAUUUGUUAAUGCGAUAGCUAAAAUUGUUUGUCUUGCGAUCCUUCAAAUGGUAAUAUUUGCCAAAAGUGUGAGUAAAAUUAUAUAUUAAAUUAAAGCUCUCAAUGUGAAUGUUCAGUUUAAAAUUGCUCAAAAUGUAAUGAAAAAGAUGGUGCAAUAUGCGAUUCUUGUAUAAAUGGUUAUAUUUCUAUGGAUAAUAACAUAACGUGCAAAUGCAGUAUUUAUAACUGCCAGUAAUGUGACCCUAAUAAUGGAAAUAUUUGUCUCAAGUGUUAGCCUAAUUACAUAUUGAAUUCAAGCUAGAAUUAAUGCAGUUGUUCUGUUCCUUAUUGUCAAACUUGUAAUGCUAAUGAUGGUUCUAUCUGUGACGCUUGCUAAGAUGGCUUUUCAUAUUAAAGUACUAGUAAGCUUUGUGCUGUUGAAUAAUAAAAUGACUUUAGUGUUAAGCAAACUGUAAUUGAAAAUGUAGGUUAUAACAUUACUGUAUAGUUUUAAAACUAAGUAGUAAUGACUAGUUAAGACCCUAAUAGCUUAUUCAGUGUCUAAAUUGCAGAAUAUGAUAAUCCUUUCAGAGUAAAUUAUAUUGGAAUGUAGAAAUCUAAUGUUUACAUUUAAGUUAAUAUGGAAAAUAAUUGCAAAAACAAGAAAUUAAUUUUAAAUAUGAAUGAUCCUGUUUUUGUGGAUGUAAACAAUUUAAAGCAACCCUAAAAAUAAGUGAAGUUAAGUGAUUACGUUGUUCUAACAUAGUCACAAAUAUAAUAAGCAGAAGAUACAAAACAAAUCGCCUCGAAAUCAUCUAUAUUUUUGUAUAUCUUAACCCUUCUAAUGACUAUUCUAGGUAAUAGCUAUGUGCUAUUUAGUACUAUAGACUUAACCACGUUUAUUUAUUUUAUGCUUUUCUUCGAUGUAAGAUAUCCAGAAAAUGUCCUAUCCUUUUGCUCUAUUUUUUAAAACUUCUAAUUUGCAUUCGUUCCAAACACUAUCUAACUCUAUUUACUUGAACCAAACUAUUAAUAGCCAUUCACUCCUUAAAAAUUUCUUGAAAAUGGAUAUGAUGCAUAUUUCUUUAAUGGAGCUGGUUAAUCAUUCACUAUUAUUACUGGAAUAUCAUGUAUAUAUUCUGUGAUUAAAAUACUCUCAUUUAUCCCUAUUCCUCAAAUCAGAGUUUACAUCUAGAGCAAAAUAAAGAGUGGAUGGGAAUAUUGUGGGUUUUUCGAUCUAGUGGGUUGUGUCUAUGUUUAUGUGCUUGUAUCAGCUCUUUCACAAUUUUAUUGUUUCUAAUUUGACGAAUCACUAGCUUUUCUCAAUUACACUAUGUUUUCACUGUGCUUUACAUUUGUCAUGAUUUAUCCUAUUAUGUUGACUAUAUUUAUUGCGAAAUGUAAAAAUUUGAGGGAUCCUUAAAUAUAAUAAUAAUUUGGUUCUAUAUUUGGUGGCUAUGUUCUACCUGAAGAGGAACAAUCAAAAGAAGAAGAAAAAUAAGCAAUAGAAAAAGCAUAAAAUGAUAAAAAUAAUGAAAGUAUUAUUUGUGAAUAAUAAAACGAAGAAAACUCCAACAAAUCAUUAGAAAACUCUAAUCCAAAAGUACUUAGUAGGUAGCAAUAUUUAUAAUAAAAGUGGAGUAAAUUUACAAAUGUUUUUCUUUAUUUGAGAAAAAUACUUUAUAUUAUGAUAUUGAUGUUUUUACAUGGAUAAGUUUACUUUUAGGUAAUUGUGAUAUGUUUAAUGAAUUUAUCUCUUAGUAUUUACUAUUUGUAUUUGAGACCCCAAGAGGAUAAAUCUGCUAACACCAAGAAUGGAAUAAGUGAAAUUAUAUUAAUUUUUAUGUAAUCAUGCGUUUGCUUUUUAGUUAGUGAUGAUGAAGAUGCUGAUGAAUAAUACAGGUACAAUGUUGGUUGGCUCAUUAUUGCCUCAGCUUCUACAAUAUUAACUAUUCACAUCUUUAGUGUUAUUAUUGAUUUGCUAAAAGGAGUUUUUAACUUGAUUAAAGACUUUAUAGCUACUCUACUCAAAUCUAGAGCAGAACUAAAAGCUGUUAAGUAAGAAAAAAGUGGAGAGGUUAAUUAAUCAGAGUUCAAAAUAUUAGGUGUCUCUUCAAUGGUAUCAUUAGACAAAUUAGAAAAAGUCAAAAGGUUGAAUAAAAAAUUUAAUACUCUCAUUAUCUCUUAAUUUGAACUCACAUAAAGGUCUUCACAUAUGAAAAAAGAUAAAAACAACCAAUCUUUAAUAAUCCCCCAAUAAUUUGAAAAAUAAGAUCCAAACUCAUUACAACAAUCUUAAUAAAUUAUCAACAAUGAUUAUACUUAAAGAGAAAGACUUUUCAGUAUGAAUGAUAAAAAUUUAAAUGAAAAUUACCCUCCAUAACAAACAAAAAACAAAUCUAAAAAUUUGUAUGAUGAUAAGAAAAGCUAUAAAAGCAAUCAGUCAUAUUAACAGUCACUUCAUCAAGAUUAGCAACAACAAAAACCUCAAACUAAAAAAUAUUUAAACGUUUAAUCUAUAAACAUUUCAAACAAAAACUUGCUAUCUCCUAAAGAUACUCAAAUACAACUCUUUUGA